AUGGGUGACCUGGUGGUACUGGACAACCUGGUGGCCAACACAGCCUACCUGAAGGCUCAGCAGAUAGAUCGCAAAGAGCUGAGAAAGUGGCGGCUCAGCCUGACGCUGCCCAAACCAAAGAAGUCCUCUGCUCCCCAGAUGGCUACAGGAAAGAAGUAUGAGUCACUGUGUGAGCAACAGCCUAUUGGAAGGAAGUUGUUCCAGCAGUUUCUCCUGUCUUCUAACCCGCAGUAUGUGGCCGCCUCUGAGUUCCUGGAGGAGCUGAGUGCCUGGAGCUUUGCUGAUGAUGAAACCAGAGACAGGGCCAAACAGACAAUCUUGACUAAGUUCUGUCAACCCGAUUCCAAGAGUUUUCUCUCCUACCUUACAGGAGAGGAUGCUGCGAUAUGCAAGUAUUUGUCAGAAAAAAACUUUGAUGAGGUGAUGAUGGACCAAAUAAGGGAAGCCACAAGGGGCUUCCUGAAGGGGAAACCUUUCUCUGACUACCUGAAAAGCCCCUUCUUUUAUAGGUUCUUGCAGUGGAAGGAGUACGAGAAGCAGAAGAUCAAUGACAAAUACUUUUAUGAGUUUAGGACUUUAGGAAAAGGUGGCUUUGGUGAGGUGUGUGCAGUGCAAGUGAAACACACAGGCCAAAUGUACGCCUGCAAGAAGCUGGACAAGAGGCGCCUGAAGAAGAAAGGUGGCGAGAGGCUGGCUCUUCUGGAGAAACAGAUCCUGGAGAAGGUCAACAGCCUCUUCAUCGUAAACCUGGUUUACGCUUACGCCAACAAGACCCACCUGUGCCUGGUCAUGGACCUCAUGAAUGGAGGAGACCUCAGGUUUCAUAUCUAUGAGCUCGGGGAGCGGGGUAUCCGUAUGGAGCGUGUUGUUUACUACGCAGCCCAGAUGACCACUGGGAUCCUCCACCUGCACUCUAUGGACAUUGUGUACCGGGAUAUGAAGCCAGAAAACGUACUGCUGGAUGGUAAAGGACAGUGUCGGCUGUCCGACCUCGGAUUGGCUGUGGAGCUGCCAAAGGGCAAAAUGAUCUGCCAGAAGGCUGGUACGACUGGCUACAUGGCUCCUGAGAUUCUGAGGCAGGAACAUUACCGCACGUCUGUGGACUGGUGGGCUCUUGGCUGCAGCAUCUAUGAGAUGGUAGCUGCCCGUUUGCCCUUUAAAGACUUCAGAGAAAAGGUGCAGAUAGAGGAGGUGACUCGCCGUACUCUGGAAGACGAUUGCAAGUUUGCGCACAAAUGCUUUGAUGCUCCAACCAAAGACAUUAUCAGCAGCUUUCUCAAGAGGAAGGUGGGGCAUCGCCUCGGCUCACUUGAGAAGGCUGGUGGCGACCCACGAAACCACAUGUUUUUCAAGAGUAUCAAUUUCCAUCGUCUGGAGGCUGGGCUGAUGGAGCCCCCCUGGGUGCCAAAGUCCAACGUGGUCUACGCCAAGGACACGGACGAGUUCAUGGAGACCUCUGAGGUCCAGGACAUUGAGCUUGAUGCCAAGGAUGAGAAUUUUUUUAAGGAGUUCAGCACGGGCGCAGUUUCCAUCCAGUGGCAGAAGGAGAUGAUUGACUGCGGAGUGUUUGACCACCUGAACGACCCCAAACUGAACGGACAAGACUGUGAGACUGCGUGGAAAUCCAGAAUGUGCAUCAUCCUGUAG